AUGCUUUUGAUAAUAUGUUUCUUUAUGGCCGUGGUGUUAGGCACCCCGGUUCCAGCCAAUUUGCAAUUCAAGGCCACCAGAUUUGUACCUUCCAAUACUUUUUCUACUAUAGUGCCCACCUACACCCCCGCCUAUGCUCCUACGGCUGAAAAGCCUAAGGACGUCAAGAUCAUGUUCAACAACCAGGACAUGGUGGAUGCUGCUUCUGUGGAAUCCCGUCGCACCUACAACAACCCCUCCGAAGGCCCAUCGCUGGAACACAACCACUAUGCGUUGUUAUAG